AUGUGUGAUGUCACUUCCCUCGUUACUAUGAGUCACUUCGUGCUCGUGCUCUUUGAAGAAGACUUCAAGGACGACCCUGGCGUCGAACCUGAUUCCUCCGCCGAAUGGGACGAGCUCGGUGAUGGAGACGCCCAUAAAUCUGAGGAGAACCUCGACCCUGGUUCAUGGCACCCCAUCUUUAAGCCCCCCUCCGGAGACCCCAAACCUCUCUCGGAAUUCGAUGACGCCUAUUACUCCGCCGUCGAAAAGCUCAUGUCUAAUAACCUCACCCUCACUGAAGACGGCGUCGUAGAGAUCACUAUCGGAGCCGAGACCAGCCAUCCCGCCGUGCAAUCUGUUCUAGGGUUUUUUUGGGAAAUGGGGCUUUUGAGAAAGCGAAGCAAGGGGAAGGCAUUUUUGUAUCACCACUUCGUCGCCGAGGGCGGCAACAUGCAGUCGAAGAUGGCUUUGGCUUAUAAGUACACGCAUCCAGACGUGAGUGUGACUUCUCCUCCUUCUUUUUCCUUUCUUUUCCCCUUUCUGAUUGGUGCUUCAUUUCUCUCUACGAUCUCUGUGAAUAGUGUGAUAAAUUGCAUCAUCAUUGUUAGGUUUCACAAUGGGGCUGAGGAGAACAAGGAGGCUCUGAGAAAAUCUAGGGGGGAAGAGGAUGAGGACUUUCAGAUAUUGGAGUAUCAAGCCCAGAAGGGGAAUGUUGUUGCCAUGUACAAAGUUGGCCUCUUUUACUAUUUUGGCCUUAGGGGAUUGAGGGGUGAUCAUUUCAAGGCACUGUUGUGGUUUUUGAAGGCUGCAGAGAAGGGAGAGCCCCGCUCUAUGGAGCUUCUUGGAGAGAUCUAUGAUAGGGAAUUAAGUGUUGAGAGAAAACGUGGCACGUACUUAAUUUCAUUUGAUGACGGUGUUGUCUGGCAGGAGUGGAUUUCUUCUACCGAUAGGAGGCUGCUUCAGACAAUAAUGGUGUCGGAGGCAGUGGAUCUGCUGCUCCGUUGA